AGAGACAGGAGAAGGGCGCCGUAUAAAACGACGCCGGCAUCAGAGAGUGGCAUCAUUACUCUCUUUGUUGGUGUCUUUCUUCGUCAGCUGCCGUCAACUACACACUGCCACCAUGAGGUCGCCGCUGAUCUUCGUACUCCUGUUAGCUGUUCCAUCGUUGGCAGUAACGGUUGGAGAGAAGGACAAGAAUGAGACUCCCUAUUCGGAAGAAGAACAUCCAAAUAAAAGGCAGGCAGAAUACAAUCAAUUACAAGCAGCUGGAGCCCAGUAUGCCCCACAACAAGAUGUGCCUCCAGAAUUUUACAAUUACUUGCAGCAUCUGUCAGGGCAGCAAGCUGCGGCUCUGCCUUCGCAGCCUCAGCAAUCUCAAGCAGCAUUGGCAGGACGUGGUCCUCUACAGGCGUCCGCUCAAGGACAACAGUUGUUCGUGAACUACAGAGUGCCUCAACCCGGUGCUUUGGGUGCUGCCCAAGCAGCCCUCCCAGAGGAAGCGAGACUGAGUCCACAGGCGCUUGAACAGAGACGGCUGCAGCAGGAGUAUGCUGACAGAACUCUCAGAGAACAACAGGAGCGUGCUCUUCAACAACUGUUCCAGCCGCAGCCGCAGGCUGGCCCAGCAACUCCGCCGUUCAGACCUCUGCCAGGUCUCACUGGAGCCGCUGCAGCCGCGGCUGCUACUGUCGCUCCGGCUCCAGCUCCCAGGCAAUACACUCAACAGGAAUUGAAAGCUCUUGCUGAACAACAGUACAACAUUGCAUUCGACCAGCAGCAAUUUGUCAUUGACCCCAACCUGUUUGCUGCACAGUUAGCUCAGGCUCAGGCUCAGGGACAGUCACCCCAAGCUCAACCACAAACCCGCCCUCAAUCUCAACCUUCAGUCACUCCACUAUCUGCACAGCCCCAGAGGUACUCCUACAGUGAAAUCCAAUUUGGCAACCAACCUGUUGCAUCGCAGAGAGUCAAGUCACAUGCUCCCAAUCCUCCAACUCAAGCACAGCCUCAACAAGCUGCACCAGCUCGACCCAUUGUCUAUGUUCCUCAGCCACAGAUCGAGUUCUACCCUGUGUACGAGCCACAACCACAACAGACGCCUUCUCAGCCUCAGCUUCCUGAACAGUAUCUCAUUGAAACCACCAAGCCCCAAAAACCAUCAGCUGAGCGUGUUGUGUCAAUUCCAAGGCCAAAACCCUCAGCCCAACAACAACAACAGCAGCAGCAGCAGCAGCAGCAAUUCUAUUAUAGACCACAGCAAGUACAACAAGCAUCAUUCCCACGAUACCAGGAGGACAACUCGAUCAGGGGAAGUUCGUCAUCAGCAGCGCCUUCUCGAUCAGCAAUUUACGUCUCAAAAGCUGGACAAAGCACAAAACCUCUGUACAGCCUGGCAGACUCAAUACAACAGCAGUUUUCUGGAGCCAACACCCUCCAAGUGCAGCAACCUGGAAGACCCAACAGCCAGCAUCCUCUAUCCCAGUCUGAGCUGAACUCACUCCUGCAAGCUGGCUUCCAACUGUCCACUCUCCCAGAAGCUAGAAAGAAUGAGGCUUAUCUGUCAGGACCAACAUACUACCGCCAACAGGCAAACAAACGCCAGAACAAGAGAGUGCCCCAACCAGUUCAGCUCACUGAUGAGGAGCGUCAAUCACUGGCUGAACAGGGCAUCAGAAAUCUCUACAGAGUAGAAUCUUCAGAAAGCCAAGAUGCACCCGUUACCUAUGUCUUAGCUCUUGACAACAGUUCCUUGAAAGCUAACAGUAAUUCGAGGAGGAAUGCUUAAAUUCAACCAAAAAUAUUUAUCGGUAAUUUGGCAUGAAACUGACAAGAGAAAAAGACUGUUCAUGAUCAAAUUACCAUAAUUUAUAUAAGAUCUAUAUACAUUGUACAGGAUCCUUCGAUUUUGAAUUCUGUAUGUUGUGUACAAAGAUAGUUUUGCUUUUUUUGAAGCAAUAAGUGUGUCUGGCAUGUGUGCUUGCAUGACGAAUGUACAAAUCCUUUCUCUAGCUUUAUAGAAAUUUAUUACCAUAUGAAAUCAAAUUCGAAAUGAACCCAAUCAUUUAAUGUUUAGUUAGUAAGAAUAGAUUUAAUUUUUUAUGCAAUAAAUAUAUAUUUAAGAAUCUGACAA